AACGCGCUGGAGCUCAAUUCUAUGUCACAGUGUCACUGUUUUACUGGGUGAGGUGCCACUGCCGCUCUUCUGGAGGGAAUAGCCACUGACUCUUCUUACAGCUCCUGAUUUUAAUUGCGGGACAUGAAAUAAACAAUCUAAAAAAUUUAAACGGAAUACUAAUCAAACAUGACGGUGGAUUUUGAAGAAUGUAUUAAAGACUCGCCGAGGUUCAGGGCGAACAUUGAUGAAGUGGAGACGGACGUGGUGGAGAUCGAAGCCAAACUCGACAAGUUGGUGAAGCUAUGCAGUGGAAUGAUAGACGCUGGACGGGCCUACAUCACGACCAACAAGCUGUUUGUCAACGGCAUCCGCGACCUGUCCCACCAGUGCAAGAAGGAGGAGAUGAUAUCAGAGUGUCUGGAGAAAUUUGGGGAGAGCCUGCAAGAAAUCGUCAACUAUCAUAUGAUUCUGUUUGAUCAAGCCCAGAGAUCCAUUAAACAACAGCUUUACAACUUCAUCAAGGAUGACGUGCGGAAGUUCAAGGAGACGAAGAAGCAGUUUGACCGCGUGCGGGAGGACAUGGAGAUCGCCCAGGUGAAGAACGCCCAGGCCCCCAAGAACAAGCCUCACGAGGUGGAGGAGGCCACCACCGCCCUCACCGUCUCCAGGAAGUGCUUCAGACACCUGGCCCUCGACUACGUCUUACAGAUCAAUGUCCUCCAAGCGAAGAAGAAGUUUGAGAUCUUAGAUGCGAUGCUGUCCUUCAUGCAUGCCCAGUACGCACUCUUUCAGCAGGGCUACAACCUGCUGGACCAGAUCGACCCUUACAUGAAGAAACUAGCAGCAGAGUUGGAUCAGCUGGUCAUUGAUUCUGCCGUGGAGAAAAGAGAGAUGGAACACAAGCACGCCAUCAUUCAAAAAAGGACCUUAAUGCAGGAUUUCUCGUAUGACGACUCCAAGGUGGAAUUCAACGUGGAUGCCCCUAACGGCGUGGUGAUGGAGGGGUAUCUGUUCAAGAGGGCCAGCAACGCCUUCAAGACGUGGAACAGGCGGUGGUUUUCAAUACAGAACAGCCAACUGGUGUAUCAGAAGAAACUAAAGGAUGCGUUGACUGUGGUGGUGGAGGACCUCAGGCUGUGCUCAGUGAAGCCCUGUGAAGACAGUGAGAGGAGGUUCUGCUUCGAGGUCGUGUCCCCAACUAAGAGUUGUAUGCUGCAGGCCGAGUCGGAGAAGCUGAGACAGGCUUGGAUCCAGGCGGUGCAGGCCAGCAUCGUCUCCGCCUACAGAGAGAUCGCCGACAACUGCUACAUCGAGCGACUGGACCGCACUGCCUCCCCGUCGACCAGCAGCAUCGAGUCGGCGAGCGAGUCCCGCGAGCGCAGCAUCAGGGGGGUCGAGACCAUCCUGCAGCGCGUGCAGUCGUUGCCGGGCAACGAGCUGUGUGCCGACUGCGGCCAGGCUGACCCACGCUGGGCCAGCAUCAACAUGGGCGUUCUGCUGUGCAUCGAGUGCUCAGGCAUACACAGGAGUUUGGGGGUCCACUGCUCUAAGGUGCGCUCUCUCACACUGGAUUCAUGGGAGCCUGAGCUCCUCAAGCUGAUGUGUGAGCUGGGUAACGGCGUCAUCAACCACAUCUAUGAGGGAGCGUGCGAGGAGAGAGGUCUGAAGAAGCCUGGUCCGUCCAGCUCACGGCAGGAGAAGGAGGCCUGGAUCAAGGCCAAGUACGUGGAGAGGAAGUUCCUGAAGAAGAUGUGCAGCUCUGAGGCCCUCGUCGAGGCCGACAGGAAGUCGCUUCACUGGAACGCCAAAAAGUGCCGCAGACACAACAGCUCCAUCCGAGCACCGAAAACACGCCGGAAAUACCGCCAUGAACCUGGCAGCGCCUCGCCUGGCAACCUCUCCACAGCCGCGGCGGCCAAGUUUCGCAGAGAUUCUCUCUUCUGCCCCGAUGAGCUGGACUCUCUCUUCUCCUACUUCGACAACGGAGCCGGCCCCCGCAGCCCCACAGGUCUAAGCAGUGACAGCGGGCUGGGGGGCAGCACCGACGGCAGCACCGACAUCCUGGUGUUCGGCUCCGUGGUGGACAGCGUCACCGAGGAAGAGUGUGAGGACUCGGAGGAGUCGAGCGGCGAGGCCGAGACUGAGGCGGAGGUGGAGGUGGAGACGGAGGCGUCGGACCCUGAGGAUGCCCGUGAUCUCCACCCGGGGGCGCUGUUGCUGAAGGCCUCGCUGGCGCGGAACCUUCCUGUCAUGGCCGAAGCGCUCGCACACAGGGCUGACGUCAACACCGUCAGCGAGGAGGACGACGGCAAGAGCGCGCUCAUCUACGCUGUAACAGGAGGGUCUCUGGUAGCGUGUGAGUUCCUGCUGCAGAAUCAAGCUGAUGUGAACCAGAGGGACGUGAGGAGGAGAGGCCCCCUGCAUCACGCCACCUGCCUCGGCCACACAGGGCAGGUGUCUCUGUUCCUGAAGCGGGGAGCUCUGCAGACGGAGGUGGACGAGGACGGACAGGACCCUCUGAGCAUCGCUGUGCAGGCAGCUAACGCAGACAUCGUCACCCUGUUGCGGUUAGCACGGAUGAAUGAGGAGAUGCGGGAGUCGGAGGGUCCGUUCGGGCAUCCAGCUGACACAAGAAGUCCUGUCUCUCCAAAAGUAAGCAAGAGGGAUUUCCGAGACCGAGUGAGUGGCAUUUCCUUGUUGGUGUUGGGAUUUGGUUUUGGUGUGGGAUUGGGAUUGGGAGUGGGAUUCUGCUGGUGUGGUGAUUUCCCCAUGGUGCUAAAGGGUUCCCUUUGCUUUAAUAGGCCUACAAUCAUUCAGUCAGCUUUAGACAAUUGUAUGUGUCAACACAAGGAUAAAAAUAAACAAUUCAGUUGGGAUAUGUACCUCACCUUAAUAACCAUGUGCUGGGGCUUUAGUCACAGCUAUAAAUGAGCCCAAAUAACACGUAAGUGAAUAUAUAAAACUGAAAGGCUUUAAAGAGAGGUUUCCCCCUCCUGAUGUAGUCACUACAUGCACACGCUGUUCUUUCCUCAAAGUCUAUCCAGUCUAAACUCUUCCUGUGGCGUCA